AUGUAGCCUAUUCUCCCAUAACAGUAAUCAUCUGUGGGAGAUUGUGACCUAACAGUGAGAUGUGGCUGUACAGUUGUCUCUGUGUACUUUUCGGUGUAGAAGUUAUCAUCACUACAGUUGCAGGCCCUGCCCAGAAGGAAGAGAAUCUGGCAUUAGGAGGUCGGGCUGUACAGUCAUCCACAGGAAUUGAUGGUUGGGAAGCAGCAAAUGCCAUUGACACUUCACCCUAUACCUGCACCCAUACAGCCACAUCUGAUAACCCCUGGUGGAGAGUGGAUCUUUUGGAUUCUUACUACAUCUCUACAGUCGUCGUCACUAACAGACCAAACUGCUGUCCAGAACGACUCGAUGGAGCAGAAAUUCGUAUCGGAAACUCUUUGGAAAACAACGGCAACAAUAAUUCAAGAUGUGCUGUGCUGUAUGGUGUGGGAUUCGGUCAGUCCGCAUCUGUGUCCUGUGCUGAGAUGAAUGGACGAUAUGUGAACGUCGUUAUACCUGGAAGUUCAAGACUUCUCAGUGUGUGUGAUGUACAGGUGUAUAGUCUAAAAGUCAUAAAAGGUGUCAUGAAGAUAAAAUUUACCUCCAGUCUCGAUGUAUCAGAUCCAGCACAGAGCAACAAAGUUCUUAAUGAGAUGAAGACUGCUCUGAUUUCUAAAGGAUUCUCCGUUUUCACAUUGACCUGGAGAAAACUCCCUCAGAAGAUUAAACCGGAGACUAAGGGAAGGUCCACGUGCUAAGGGCAGUUACUGAAUGAACAGACGGUCUUUGGAGAAGGAAAGAAACAUGUUUUAUUGCUUGCUUUAUUUUUUUAAAUUAUUGAUGUUAUUUUCUUGAUGAUUUGUAGUUAACAAAUGUUUAUAGAUUUGAGUAAAUAUAAAUGAUCAUGAAAUCCAUGUCUUCUGCACAGCAUGUUUUUCUCUUUCCUCUGAAAUGUCUGUAACAGAGUAUAGAGAUAAUCUGACAGAUUGUAUUUUUUUGUUUAGAGCCUGAUAAUAUUAUAGUUUACUAAAUAUUCUU